CCAAACGUCAUAGCAAAAUGGCGCUUACCUGAGGGGAGUGCCUGUAGGAUAAGUUGUGAGAAGGUGAGGUACUAAUUGCUGCAGGAGUUAUGGGGUUAAUUCGACUAUUGCUCACCUCCAUGGCUCGAGUGAGUGUGUUUCGCUCAUAUCAGUUCGUCUUUUUGAUUGUGGCAGCGCUGGCCGUCGUUGCCUUUUAUUAUUUUGGCACAGAGCGUCAGAACUUCUCCACUACUACCCGGCGUAUGAAACAAACUCAAGCUGGCUAUGGCACUGGCAGCGACGUGAUAACCCCAGAUCGGGCAGCGAUGAUCAAUUUCCACGUUCUUAUGAUGUUCACCAAGGCAGAUGGAAACAGUGGGUUACAACGCAAGAUGCGCAUUGCCCUCAGUAGCUUGCUCCAACACGCGAGUUUCCAGGACGAGGAGCAACUUCACUUGCACUUUGUCAGCGAAGAUGCGAGCAAGGAGAUUGGGCACCAAGUGCUGGCUGAGCUGCUUCUCAACGCUACCUUCAACUACGAGGUAAGAUUCCAUAGUGUGAUCAGACUGACUGAACGCCUGUUCCCCAUUGUGAAGGCAAUGCAGAAGCACUUCAGUGCUGGCUCUGGUACCUACUAUAGUGAUGCCAUCUUCUUCCUCUCUGUAGCAAUGCACCGUAUAAUGCCAGCAGAUAUCAAGAGGAUUGUGCAACUCGAUCUUGACCUAAAGCACAGAGUGAAUAUCAGGGAGCUGUUUGAAGAGUUCCAAAAUUUCCCCAGUGGUGCUGUUAUUGGAAUUGCUCAUGAGAUGCAGCCAGUCUACAGGCACACGUUCUGGCAGUACCGACGGGAGAACCCCAACUCCAAAGUGGGCGACCCACCACCUGAUGGUCAACCAGGCUUCAACAGUGGGGUGAUGCUCUUGGAUCUGGAGGCAAUGAGGCACUCGGAGCUCUAUAACUCCCUUCUGGAGCCCAAGCUGCUAAGCCAUUUGGCAGACAAGUAUCACUUUCAUGGCCACUUGGGGGAUCAGGACUUCUUCACCAUGGUGGGCAUGGAGUACCCAUCCCUCUUUCAUGUGCUCGAUUGCUCCUGGAACAGGCAGCUGUGCACCUGGUGGCGGGAUCACGGCUAUGCAGACGUCUUUCACCUCUACUUCAACUGUGAGAAGUCUGUCAAGAUUUACCAUGGCAACUGCAAUACUGCCAUCCCUGAAGACUGAAGGGGACCUUGUGGCUGAUGGUGUGGAGGUGUGUCAUCUAGACCUUCGAGCAGAGAGUGGCUGGGUCCAUCCUGCCCCCACCAGUUAUUACCCAGAUUGCCCUCUGCUUCAUUUUGAAUGUAUCAGAGUGGGAUGGUAGCUCCCAGUUACAGGCUUAUGCCUGUUUACAGCCUUGAGGGUCUGGAUGCUCCAUUCUAUUCCAGGGCUCCUCAGGUGGUGUGAUGUGUGAAAGGCACACAUUUUGUUCUGACCCUUCAUAAAUUUUAUCAUUUUGCUGAAACAUUUUGUUCUGAGUAAGAAUUCCCUCACAGUGGCUGUUGUGUAUGUAACUGUUACCUUAAAUGUUGUUGAAUGCCACUUGAGGGGCUGUGUUAUACUCUGACUGAAAGAGAAUGGGUGCUCCAGCCUGGGUCAACAUGAAGAACAGACUGUCGCAUUAACAGCUGCCUUUUAGGGUGCUCAUGUUGAGCCCAAACGUGAGAGCCCCUGUAGUUCUUAAGUGGUCAGCCUAUCUUCACCCUGUCACCUUCCUUCCUUGAAUGUAAAGCGUGAGUGAUGAGUGUCAGGGAUGCCCCCUCAUCCAGAGCCUUUUUAUUGUUUUGCCACCUAUAACUCCUUACAGUGACUCUGCUUAUCUUCUCUUGACACAUUCCAUAAACAAGUGUCACUCUGACUCCUGGUAACACGGCAAUCCAUCCUCACCAUGGGUACUCAUCAUGGAACGGGCUGACCACCACUUACCCCCUAACCUUGAAGUAUGUGGCACAUGAUCCUUACAUGAGCAUGGGGGUCAGUGUGUACAUCUUACAAAUUUGAAAUACCAUCUCCUGGGUGUUUUUGUAAGAGGGUUAACCAAAAAACAAGAAUAACUACUUCUUGUCUUGCCUUUGAUACUUUUUGAGAGGGGCUCUCACUUGCUAAACAUCAGAAGGCUCACCACAGAUGACCAGGAUUUGGAGCCAUUGUGUUCAGGCUCUGUGCCCGUUGUUUAACUGUUAUGGCUGGCUUUUUUUUUCAUGCCCGAAUUUAAUUCCAGCUAACAAAAACUUUACAUAAAAAUACUAAGUCUUCCUUUUUUGUCACCCCAAAUAUAUCACAGCAAGGCAGUGAUGGAUGUGAAUGUAAGCGACUACCUGUCUCAGUUUUGAGCAUGUUGUCAAUGUUCAUGUUGCACCCAGCUGAUGUCAGUGUAUAGUUGCCCUCUAGUGGGCGCUGCCAGCUGGGUUUUGGGUGAGUGACAAGUGCCUGUCAGGCCUGCAAAGACUUGGAAAUCAGCAGAAUGAACGAUUGUCUCUUUGUUUCUUCAGAUUGACUGUUUCUUUUGUCUUUUCAGGACUAUGCACUGAUUUGUAAAAUUGUAAUAAAAAUGAAACCAAGAAUGAGCCAAGACCUUGUGGUAUACUUACUGUGUGCAUGUCCUUCUACAGUUAAAGUUUUUGGUCUUUUUGGCAAGUGUGUCGUUGUCAUUGUUGAGCACUU